UUUAUAGAGUAGCUAGACGAUGACCGAGCUUUACUUGUUUUUUUUUUAAAAGUGGCUUAACAACGCCAUCUUCUGAAAUAGAUUUAGUGUUAUUGUGUCUUUAAAACAGUUAGUUGGAAUUAUGAAAAAUAGUAUUAUUAUAUUAAAAAUUGUAUUAUAUAUGUGAUGUUAUGGUCACGUGAAAAGGAAGCCGCCUGACUACGUCGGAAAUUUGGCGCUACUGUUCGACCUCCCCGGUCGGAGACCUAGAGGUAGACAAGGUGGAGCGACGUAGUGCUGAAGGACAAGAGAGAAUGCAAUGUUGCCGACAAGGAUGUCGAAGACAGAGCGAAGUGGAGGAGUAAAGUCAGGAAAGCUGGCCCUACCACCUUGUGGAAUAAAUAGCUGGGAAGAGAGCGAGAGAGUAUUAUAAUUCGCCAAUAGAUGUCGGGAAGAGUUGAUUAUUAAAAACACGAAUAAAACAAUAUUUUUUGAAAAUAAAUCGUAGCUAGAUCGAUUUAUCGCCCCCGAAAUCCCCUGUAUACUAAAUUUUAUGAAAAUCGUUGGAGCCGUUACCGAGAUUCAGAUUAUAUAUAUAUAUAUUAAUAUACAAGAAUUGCUUGUUUAAAGGUAUAAGAUUUGUAGUAGUUUCUCGAACUACAAUUUAAAUUGCUGACAGAGUUCGGUCGUGUCUCGAUCUCGUGAAAACUUCGUCCAAACAAAUCCGAACGCAGACCGGACUAUCAGAGGAAAAAUCGAAUUUCGCGCGAAACAUUCUCACCGCGUUGUCCAAUGACCUUUUCCCGUCCAAAAGUAAACUGUGACGAUCGAAAAAUAAAAUCUAAGUAGCGUGGCCGGAGCGUGUGUAUGGCCGCUUCCAAAAAUAUAUUCCGAAAGGCACAUAUCGUAUUCCCAGCAGUUUUCAGCGGCGCGUUCGCGAGACCACAACGCUGUGAUACAAAUACUCUAGUCAUCAUCAACGAAAAUGACAAGUAAUUGAGUGUUUAAAGAAACCGCUUGCCCCGCUUUUGUGGAUUGAAAACCUCCAGUGUUGAUUUUUUGUUUUUUUUUUUAUUAAUGUCCUAAACGCUAUACAUAAGCGAGGUUAAGCAAAAAUGGAGCAGUUUGAAUCGCUGCUGACUUGCUGCGUGUGUUUGGACCGGUACAGGAACCCUAAGUUGCUGCCAUGCCAGCACAGCUUCUGUAUGGAGCCCUGCAUGGACGGCCUAGUCGACUACGUUAGACGACAGGUCAAAUGUCCAGAAUGCCGUGCAGAGCAUCGAAUUCCCUAUCAGGGAGUUCAAGGGUUCCCCACAAAUGUAACGCUCCAAAGAUUUUUGGAGCUCCACGCUCAAAUUGCUGGUGAACUUCCAGACCCUACUGCUGGGCAAAUUAUGGAAAGGUGCAAUGUUUGCUCAGAAAAAGCGUACUGCGCUUUAUGUGCACAUUGUGACAAAAAAGUAUGUGAUGACUGCAAAUCUGCUCACAUGGAGGUAUUACGUCGCGAAAUUGCAAGAAUAAAUAAUCAAGUCCGUCGUGGCAUGAACAGACUACAAGAUAUUUUGGGUGUUGUCGAACGCAACACGACGAAUCUCCAAACAAACUGCGCAGCAGUUGCGGGUGAAGUCGACGAAAUUCACAAAAGGCUCGCCAAAGCUCUGAAAGAUAGAACCGACUUCUUGCGCACUGAAGUAGAUCGGUAUCUAGCAACUGAGCUUAGAAAUCUAACUCAUCUCAAAGAUAAUUUAGAAUUAGAAUUAAGUAACAUACAAAGUAAUUGUGAUCUCGCCGAAAAGCAUAUGAACGAUGACACUGAAUGGGAAGACACAGAACUUAUGGACACGAAGGAAAUUUUCCUAAAAACUGUGGAAUUCUUAAGGAACUUCGAUUACGAAGCUGGCGAUUACAAUCGUAGAGUGCGAUUCAUUAUGACGCACGACCCCAACCAACUUGUAAUGCAUGUCGCUAGCUAUGGAGAAUUGAAUAUAACUCAACCCAACGCUUAUUCUGGGGGUCUACAGCCAAGUCAAGGUCUAACUAGAUCGAAGAGUGACCAUCGCUUGGCGACGCAAUUUAGACAGCAGGAAGAAUCCAAGAAUUACUACGAAAACGAUGAACCGAUCCUUGGCGGACGUAAGUUUGGAGAACGUAGACCGCCACCGCCUGAAAGACAUACCCGAGACUACAAUGUCACGGAUGACUAUAGCGGAUAUGAGUCUGAGCACCGACCCCGUAGGUUCCGCUCACGUUUUGUUAGAAGUCACCAACAAGACAACGAUUCUGAUACAGAACAAAGUAUUCGUUCAGCUAAAACAGAAAAACAAGAGAAGGAAAAAGAGAAAGUUGUAGAUACAGAAGAUGCUACCAGAGGACCUCUAAGCGGCAUUUUCAGGCUAAGCGAUUGUCCACGAGUAAUGCAACGAAUUAUGGAUGCAGAAAGUGGAAAGAAGAAAGAGAAGAAAGAACCUCCGCCACCACCUAAGCCCGUAGUUCAACCGACACCGCAACCUCGCCGUCCUCCACCUGCUCAAAGGCAACAAAGUGAGGAUGAUGAAAUAACACGCCUUAAAAGACAAAACAAAGGCGCAGCUUCAUCACAAGAACCAGAUCGUCCAGCCCCAAGACCUGUUGAAGAAGAAAGAACUUCGAUAGCACGCAAACCACCUACACCAGCUCGGGAGGCGUCAAGCGAUGGUGAAUCUGAUGAAUCAGUCGGAUCUUUACAACGUACUCAACAACGUAAAGCUCCACCUCCAGUACAAAAACCCGCAGCGACCGGGAGAAGACCAUCCGCGGAUGCUCCUACACCACAUAGACCGGCUGCAAGAGCACCUAGCACAGAAUCAAGCGCAUCUACAGAAAGUUCUGGCUCGGCGGUUAAGCAUACAGGUGCAAUAUUAACCAUCGCAGAAUUAAAAGCAAAAUAUUGCAGUGGUGGGCCAAAACCAAAUCCUCGAUUAUGUUCCACAGGAAACGAGAGAACUGCACCGGUUACAACCAACGGUACAGCUGGAGGUGCGCAACGGGUACAGAGCCGCUUUGUUGGCUCGCAGAGACCUACGCCCGCUCCGGCUCCCGCCGAGCCGGCGCACGAUGAAGAUUCAGAUACGAGUUCCGAAGAGGAAACAGAUUCGUCAGAGGAGAGUGAAGAGGAGCCUGCACCUCAAAGAAAGCCCGAGAGCCAGGCGAUGGCUCGUAGUGACAUCGGCCCUUUACUUGCGCGUAGUUCAAAUGCUCGCAGUGAUGCUCAUGAUAACAAAUCCAAAGAUCCUCCACCUUCACAAACUCGGUACCGAUCAAGGCAACCAUCUCAAACUGAAGAGGAGCCCGCACCACGAUACGGUGCCGGUUCUUCUUACAACAAUCGUUAUGGCAGCAAGCCAAGAGAAGAAGAAACGACGUCAUCCAUAGAUGAUGAUUCUAAAUAUCCAACGGCCAGAUCGAGAUAUCUCGCCUUAAAAGAACGGCGAAACCGUCUCGCAAGAAGUAAAAGUAGUCACACCGGAUUCGGUGCGGGAGACGACGAUGAUCAGGACGAUCCUGUGUCUCCAACCACGGCAUCGCCAUCGGCGUAUUUGGCGGCUCGGUACGGCUCCGGGACCGGAGGGUCGGAGUUGUCUCGUAGCAGGUCAUCUCACGCGCUGAAGUCUAGAGAAAGCUCGCCAGAACGACCACCGACUGGCGAGAAAGAUGGAGCAGCACUCAGCUCGUGGGCACGGUACUUGAAAAACAAGUACGGCUCCCGCGGUAAAGAACGAGACACGAGUGGCACGUCCUCGAGCGCGUCGCGUCGUCUGUCUCUCGGGCUGCCUUUGCGCUCGGCAAACGAGCUUGCCAGUUCUGAUGACGAUUCAAAAAACGCGGCAGGCUCCCCCAUCUCCCCUACGGCGGCUACAGCAGCGGUAGCAGGUUUCGCAGCAGCAGGUUCCUCCCCUAGGAGCCAGUAUCUGCAGAAACGCCGAUUACAGUUCAGCGUGGGGAGUCGGGGGAGCGAACCUGGUUGUUUCACAUGGCCUCGUGGUAUCGCUGUAGGUCCAGAUAAUACUAUGGUCGUGGCCGAUUCAUCAAAUCACAGAGUGCAGGUGUUCGACUCUAAUGGAAUAUUCAUCAAGGAGUUCGGUCAGUAUGGAAGCGGCGAAGGCGAGUUUGACUGCUUAGCAGGAGUUGCUGUUAACCGCAUCGGGCAGUACAUCAUAGCUGAUAGAUACAACCAUCGCAUACAGGUUUUUGACCCUCAAGGUCGCUUCCUAAGAGCCUUCGGGAGCCAAGGUACCGGAGACGGCAAGUUCAACUACCCAUGGGGCAUCACCACUGACGCCCUCGGAUUCAUAUACGUGUGUGACAAGGAAAACCAUAGAGUGCAGGUGUUCCAAUCCGACGGCACCUUCGUGGGUAAAUUUGGUUCCUUCGGGGCCAAGCUUGGUCAACUAGAACAUCCUCAUUACAUUGCGGUUUCCAGCACCAACCGAGUUCUGGUCUCAGACUCGAACAACCACAGGAUCCAGGUCUUCGAUGUAAACGGUAGAGUUCUGUCUUCGUUCGGCGAAGAAGGGUCCGAAGAUGGCCAGUUUAAGUUCCCGAGAGGUGUAGCAGUGGACGACCAAGGCUACAUCGUAGUGGCUGAUUCCGGUAACAACAGGAUCCAGAUCUUCCAUCCGGAUGGAACCUUCCUCAGGGCGUUUGGCUCUUGGGGCUCCGGAGACGGGGAAUUUAAGGGAUUAGAGGGAAUCGCUGUCAUGACCGGUGGAAAUAUCAUCGUAUGUGAUCGGGAGAAUCAUAGGGUGCAAGUGUUUUAAGUUUCACGAAAACAACAAUAUUUCAUUAUUACGUAAACAAUAAAAUGAACAAUACUUAUAAUAUAUAAUAACAAUACAAUACUGUUUUUAUCGGUGGGAACUUUGUAACAUUAGCAUUAUUAACAUUUUACAACGAGGCAUUUGUAACAUAAAUUUAAAUAGAAAAAAAAACGAAUGGAGUUCAUACAUAUUGUAAAUUCACAUUUUUUAUAUAAACCAAAGCUUGUGUCUAAAUAAUUUUCAUUGUACACAUGAAUACGCAUAGUCUGUUAACGAAAUUCUUUCUUAAAAAGAUUUCUUUUUGUUUUUUUUUAGUUUUUCUAUUAAUAACACUCAGUGUAUUUUUAAUGUUUUGUAUAUGAAUAAAUAAAUCAUACAUUUACAACGACCUAGUCAUUGAUUAAAUAUUACUUUUUGUUUAAUAAAAUUAUCAAAUGA